ACUAAGCCGAGCUUCGCGUGCUACGAGGAGAGCGCAAUUUUAUUCCUCAUUGUUGGGGGAAAAUAUCUCCCGAGCAACCAACAAGCUCGUGCAUUUCUCUGUGCAUUAAGUUUCUGCAUUGAUCGUCAAAUAUACACCCGUCAGCCGACACACCGAGACCGAUCUCUGCCUGAAUUGACUUUAUCUAGUUAUAUACUAUAAACUCAAUCGCCUCCUUAUCCCCGGUUUCUGCCACGCUCGUCCCGAUAUUUACCUCAUUUUCCUCGCGCCGACUGGCUUCUCACGCAUCGGCCUGGUUGAGAGCUAUUCGUCACCAUGAGGGAAGUUAAUUUCAGUAUUCCCAAUGUCAAUAAGGCAUCGGUGGGCAUAACCACCGCCUUGUACGACCGCCGUGCCCUCGACUGCACUUCAACACUUCCUCUGAUUAACUCGCUUAACCAUCUUGCCUAUCUGACUACAUCAUCGGCCCGUAUUCGAGACAUUUUGACAGUCGAUGGAGGCAUAGAAAGACUGGUGUGCAUACUAAAGCAAGGGCGCAGCAAAGAUAUGAUGGAUAUGUGGAAAUGGAACCUCGCCUUUCAGUGCGUGGUUAACAUUGGGGUCCGUGGAACGGAAAAUGUGAGGACUCGGGUUGUUGAAGCCGAUAUGGUCCCCGUCAUUGCGACUAUUCUGGAUAAUUAUAUCAAAGUUAUCGAGAAGUGUCGUGAGAAGGCCGAGGAGGCUAAGCAGAAACAGAUAGCGGAUCAUCAUCACCGUCAUCGAAGCCACAGCCACCGGGAUGCAUCCAAGACCACCACCCCUUUCACCACUUUCACAAACAGAUCUAGUCGUUUAGAGCUUGAACAACGGCCAUUCCGUAGGCAAGCCCCACCACCAUCCAUUGAUGUAUCUGCUGCUGCUUUCGCAGGCCCCUCAGCUUCUGGGGAGUUGAGCAAUACUGAAGCUGGGCCAUCUGCUCCGUCUUUCCCAACAACAUCGCCUCCUGAGCGGUCAAAUUUUUCUAGCCACCGUCAUCACCAUCAUCAUCACCACCACCAUCACCAUCAUCACCAUCACAGGCAUGAAGUCCGCCAACCCCUUGUUCCUAAUACCCCUCGACAAGCUAUCAAUCCUUCAGCAACUGGCGUCCCUACAAUGGAGGCGGUUGAUGGCUUCAUUCGUCCUGUUCGCGACAUUGACCGCUUACCCUCCAUGGUCCCCGUCUUCAACCCCAACGCGGCAUCUCAACCCGCUUCCCCAACAACGCCUCUACCUCUACCUCAGGUUCGGUCUCCAACAAUUCGUCCCACCUCAGUACUCGGACCCAAUGGUCGGUCUCGGCGACGUCCUUCGAUCCGCCAUCAAAACUCUACUACGGACACAGAUGACUUGAAUACGGAUAGUGUCCAAUCUGACGGGUCUCAAGAUGCUGAUAUGUCAGGCACUGCGGAUGUUACUCCUAGUGUUGAUUUUGAAGAUGUUGCGAUGGAUGAAGGGGACAGCACCCUAGCUGGGGCUACCCUUAAUCUUAACACACCGACAGUGUCUGAGAUACCUGACGCUGGCACCUUUAAUAUCACUCACCGAACUACCAUGGAUGGAAGUAUUCCCAAUAACACACCUACGCCCGGGCCUGCAGGAAUUCUGUCUCCUAAUCGACCCAUCGUUCCGACCCAUCGGCCGCCCCUAGCGAGCCAGACCAGCCUUCCUCGUUAUCUAUUAGACCGCCCGCUCCCUCCUAACCCACAGAUGCUCGCGGCUAUGCCGAGGGAAGAAGACGUUCUCAUGUCAUUGCAACUCCUUGCAUAUGUGUCAAAGUACUGCAACCUUCGAUCGUACUUCCAACAGAGUCACUUGGUACCGCGUCUAAAAAUCGGAAAAGAAUUACAACUACUUGAUGGCGACAACAUUACAAUGGAAUCGCUCAGUAACCAAGACUAUGAAGAAGAGUAUCUUCUGCCCAAUGAUUUCAACAUUUUCCCUCUUGUGGAAAAAUUUACGGUCAGGUAUCACAGCACUGACAUGCAGUACUGGGCCGGCGUAGUAAUGCGGAAUCUCUGCCGCAAAGAUGAUACCCGAGGCGGCAUUCGACAGUGUGCCUAUUACCAAUGCGGCAAAUGGGAAGAGUUUACGAGGCAAUUUGCUAAGUGCCGCCGGUGCCGCCGAACCAAGUACUGCAGCAAAGAGUGCCAGAAGAGCGCAUGGGCCUUCCAUCGCCAUUGGUGUGUUGCUGCUUCACAGUAAAUACUCCGGUCUUUCCAUGGGCAACUCGAUUUAUAUGUCACAUCUCUUUCCGCCUGGCGUUUUCUGCAUAAUGUCUACUUAAUUAAUUGACUUCGUGCAUGACUUGAACUGCAUCGCGAAGCAAGCAUAUCACGAACUGGCGUCUGCGCUCUGAUACCAUUGUUUUCAUCGGCAUCACGGAUUUCUUUUGUCAACUGUUAAU